CGAAGCUUCCUUUCAAGAAACCACCAAUAGAAAAAAGAAAGAAUCCCCCAAUUUUCUCACUUUUUCCAUUAGAAAAGUCCACAUUUUCUCCUCCUAAAAGAUAAAUAAAGCAUGUUGUUAUGUUUCCUAACCUUUGAAAACAAUGACUCUCUAGUGGAGAAAAAAAAAAGCAUACCCUUUUGAAUACUUUUUUUCUUAAAAGCCCUCUCUGGCUGCUCUGUUUCUCAAAAUUUUCUAGAACCCAUUAUCGGUUUCCUUUUGCUUUUCCCCUUUUAUAAACAACCCAUCAUCAACAAUCUGCAAAAAAAGAUAGAGAAUUUCAAGUCUCUGUUUUUCUGAUUUUCUUUUUGUAGAAAAUACAAUAAGGUAAAGUUAUGAUCUUGUUUCGAUUCCAGAAAGUAAAAGCUUGGUGUUGUUACUAAUGGAAACUGAUACGAUCAAACCCUGCGAUAACGUCGUUCAUUCUCGAUUCUUCCGUUCUGGAUUUUAUUGCUGGGGUUGGGAAUUCUUGACUGCUCUGCUUCUCUUUAGUUGUUCUGCCUAAAAACGACCAGGUUUUUCAAUUUGUUCUUCCUUUUUACUUUUGUAAUCAUAAUUCUUUGUUAGAAUCUUUUUUUUGGGGGGUUUACGUGUACUUUGGGAGGGAUUUGAUCAAUCGGAAAGUCGGAAAAUAUGGCGCAAAGGUCAGUUCCGGCGCCGUUCUUGAUCAAAACGUACCAGCUGGUGGAUGAUCCGAUCACCGACGAUGUGAUUUCAUGGAAUGAAAACGGCACGUCUUUUGUCGUUUGGAAAACUGCUGAUUUUGCAAAAGAUUUGCUUCCCAAUUAUUUCAAGCACAACAACUUUUCCAGCUUUGUCCGUCAGCUCAACACUUACGGAUUCCGAAAGGUUGUUCCAGACAAAUGGGAAUUCGCGAACGAGAACUUCAAGCGAGGACAAAAAGAGCUCUUGUCCGACAUCCGUCGCCGGAAGACGGUGACAACAUCGCCGGCUAAUAAUCCGGCGAACGGGAAAACGUCUGGUGCGAGAGCUUCCUCCCCUACUAACUCCGGUGAGGACCUAGGGUCAACUUCCACGUCGACAUCACCGGAAUCGAAGAAUCCGGGAUCGGUGGAAACGACGCCGGCAGCGAACACGAAUCAGUACGCCGAUCUAUCAGACGAGAACGAGAAGCUGAAGAAGGAUAAUGAGAUGUUGAGCUCGGAGCUGGCGCAAGCCAAGAAGCAAUGCGACGAACUGGUCGCGUUUUUAACCGAGUGCGUGAAGGUGGGGCCAGAUCAAAUCGAUCGCAUCAUGCGGGAAGGAAACGGUGGUUCCACCCUUGAAGGCGACGAUCUUGGCUGUUUCUACGGCGUCGAUGACAACGACGAUGAUGAAAAAGGCGGCGGCGAAGAUGGAAACGGAAGUUUGAAACUGUUUGGGGUGUGGUUGAAAAGCGCGGGAAAAAAGCGGGCCCGCGAGGAGAAAAUUGUGUACGGUGGGCCACACGCUAAAGAGAUGAAGACCAUUGAGUUUCGCCACGUGGCUUUGAUGAUGAAGAGCGGCAAGGUUUGCAACUGAGCCUAUCACCGGUCCUCAUCGAUAGCAAGGAAGCUGAUUUCGUACAAAUAUAACUAGGAUUAAAUAAAAAAGUUUUUUUAUUUUGGAUAAUUAUUUAAUAUAUGGGUGGAAGUGUUUUCUUAACUUUAGAAGCGUGGUAAAAAAUUGUGAAAUGUAUUUAAUUAAUAUUUAAAAAUAAAAAUAUAUAAUUAGAUA